UUAUUGUGCCGCCUACCGCCCAACGAACUUCGCCGUGCAGGGUGUACCAGGUUUCACUCGCUGCGCAGAGCAGGAGUGUGAAAUGUCGCACCGCAGCUCCUUGCUUGGUUGCUAUAGGUCCCUGCGCUAUGCAACGGCAAAGCGCGCUGCCACCUUCAUUUGCGGGACGCUACCGCCACCGACAGCGGUGCAGUUGCACUGCAGUAGACGUGGGAGUAGUGGGGCGGGGGAAUUCCAGUACGCCGUGCCCAGGGUUGCUACCCCAAGCCUGGCCGUGGUUGGCUCCGACCGGAAGUUCCCCGUCAGGCGUGUGUACUGCGUGGGAAGCAACUACAGGCGAAGAGCACGCGCUAGAGAUGGGAGGCAACCCGGACAAAGAACCCCCCUUCUUCUUCACCAAGCCACCGGACGCCGCCGUCGACGUUUCCGCGGCCGGCGCGGUCGUCCACUACCCGCCGGAGACGGAAGAUCUCCAGCACGAGGUGGAGAUGGUCGUUGCCAUCGGGAAGGGCGGCCGUUGCAUCCCACCGCGAGAUGCUCUGCAACACGUCUUCGCCUACGGCGUUGGUGUGGAUCUCACUCGGCGAGACAUGCAGCGUGCGGCUAAGAAGGCCGGUCGCCCGUGGGACUGUAGCAAGGGUUUCGACAGCUCUGGACCCAUCGGUGCCCUGACCACGACUCCCCCGGCGAAGGGCGGGGGGGUAGGCGCUGCCGCCGGACUCGUGGGAGACGAGGGGGGCCGGCGAAUAUGGUUGGAGGUGGGGGGGGGCAGACGCCAGGAUUCGGUGCUCGGGGAGAUGGUGUGGAGCGUCCCCGAGAUGAUCGCCAGGUUAUCGGAGCUCUUCACCCUUGAGGCCGGAGACGUCUUGUUUACGGGAACCCCGAAAGGGGUAGCACCUCUGGCGGUGGGCGACGACGUGGAAGCAGGGGUGGAGGGCUUAGAACCGUGCCGAUUCCGGGUCGGCCCGGUGCUACCGCCAACCACUCACUAAAUAGCAAAGGUUCAACACAUGGGAAACGUGCAUGCUCCGUCACUGCUGUAUUGGUCGCAUGGUAGAACACCUCGCGCAUUGGUAGACAAUGGGAGCAGGGUAAUUGUGAGCGCGUGUCUUGCCAGCCGCUCCUGUCGUGAUACGAUUUUCCGAAAGAUGACACGAGUCUUGUGGUACCACAAGAACCUCUAGUUUCGG